AAUUCACCCAUUAAACUUGGUAACGACAGUCCAAAGAUGGGGUUUACGAGGGUCUGUGAAUGCGGCAUUAGCCUUCAGUUGUCAGUGAACUAAGCAGCUGUUACACUCGUGUGUGAGCUCCAGCAAACAACGCGUAGCGUUACUCCCAUUAUCUACAGCAUGGCACGUGGACAUCAGAAGAUUCAGUCUCAGCAGAAAAAUGCUAAGAAACAAGCUGAGAUGAAGAAGGCCAAGGGUCAUGAUCAAAAGACGGCAGCUAAGGCAGCACUAGUAUUCACUUGCUCUGUGUGCAAAUCCCAGAUGCCUGACCCAAAAACAUUCAAGCAGCAUUUUGAGAGCAAGCAUCCCAAAUCCCCUCUGCCUCCAGAGUUGGAGGGAGUAGAAGCAUAAGUGACUACACCAGAUACCGAACUGAGCUCUAUGAGGCCCUGCACCAAGUCUGCACUUGCUUCGGUCUGACAGCAGUGAUUGAUUUGAUGUAAUCAACUUGACAACAACAUCUUAAUUUAGGUUUUGAGCCCAGGUUGCCUUCCUCUCAUAUGGUCCUGUGUGCUUAAUAUGUUUAAAUACUCGAGAGGGCGAAACCAAAUGCUGCCUUUGAUUUUAGGGUCACUGAAGACGUUAAUAAAACGUGAAUGAAGAUUUCUCACUUAACAGUUUUUCAGCACAAACCUCACUGCCCCAAUGUGUCAUGCACAUAGGAAUAAUUCUUACAUAUAGCUCUUUGUCUGAAGCUUUGGUGGACUGAACAUUUAAUCAACCUUUUAUUGCCAUUUCAUUUUGAGUUGAAUGUUAACAUGGUGACAGUGCUUCUUUUCCCCUCUAAUAUCUCUUCCUCCUUAGCGCUCUCUACCCUGUUAAACUGGGAUCUUUCAUCUUGUUAAUGGUUAAUUUUUGUCCAUUUUAAAGCUGCUAUAUAUAAACAGGUUAAUAACUUUUUGAGUGGGGCUUGUUAACAGUGUUUGUAUGCUUGGAAAAUGAAUGUAUGUACCAAUUAUGUAUUAUAGCAAUUUAAUAAAUUUUACUUUGUCGUAUUA